AUGAUGAUGAACAUUGAAGUUCUGUCUAGGGAGACAAUCAAACCGUCAUCUCCAACACCCCAACACCUCAGAAACCUUAGACUCUCUUUGUUAGACCAACUUUCAGUCCGAUUUUAUGUCCCCAUCAUAUUUUUCUAUGAUCACAUGCGGAUUAUACUCAAGAAGUCUCUAGGAGAAUGCUUGAGUCGCUAUUACCCAUUGGCCGGGACAAUCCGAGAUGAUAUCUCAGUUGACUGCAACGAUGCGGGCGCCGAGUAUAUUGAAGCCCGGGUGGGCUGCAAGCUAUCUGAAGCUAUAAAGAAAUCGGAUUUUGAGUUGUUGAAGCCGUUGCUACCAUUUGAUCCAUAUGGUAAUGUGAUUGGACGUAGAGAAGCACUGGUAGGUGUGAAAUUCAAUGUAUUUGAUUGUGGAGGAGUGGGAAUUGGUAUGUGUGUCUCGCACAGGAUCGCUGAUGCAGCUUCUGUGUCUGCAUUUGUUAACGCUUGGGCAACUAUGUCUAGAGGUGGCGGUAGCAGUACUGAAGCUGAUGAUCCCAUUUUUGAUGCCGCGUUGCUGUUCCCACCAAUAGAUAUUGUGCCUGCAGGAUUCAAGCUUGAGAAACGAGCAUCAUCAUCUUCUUGUGUUGGGGUAUUGAAUAAGUACUCCCCAACCUGCGUUCAGGUGGUUUCAGCACUCAUUUGGAACACAUUCAUGACGACAAUUCGAUCAAAACCAAAACCGGGGAACGAGUGUGUUGCAGUUCAUGCAGUGAACUUGCGGGACAAGAUGGUACCACCAUUGCCCAAUCACUUCUUUGGAAAUCUUUUGCAAAUUGGAGUGGCAGCAACAACGGUAGACGGCGACAAAGAUUUGGGUGCCUUGGCGAGCUUGAUAGGGAAUGGUGUAAGGGAAAUCAAUGAUGAAUAUGUGAGAAGGUUAAAAAUGGAGGAUGAUCAUGUGGAUUCAUCCAAGAAGGAGCGUGACCGAUUUUUAAAGGGUGAGAAAGAGGUGUUUGCCUCCAGUAGUUGGUGUAGAUUUCCACGUUACGAGGUUGAUUUUGGGUGGGGAAAGCCUGUUGGGAAACGUGUUGGAAUUGAGGCGUGGGUGAACCUGUCGGAACAAGACAUGGCUAUCCUCCAACACGACCUAGACCUGCUCUCAUUUGUUUCCUCGGUAUAUUAG